AGCCCAACGGUUGGAGGGAGAGGGGUGGAAGACAAAUGACAUGAAGCCAUGAAAGCCCAGAAGAUGCUGCUCCAUCCGUUGGACUCCAGCUUUCUGUUUCUAGCAGGUUGGAGCUGCUGCUUCCUGUCCGUCUGUCUGAAGCCACUGAGCCACUCAUCAGAGACACAUCUACACACAGGCUGAGGGGGGCUCCGCCUCCUCUGCAGUGAAGCCACACUGAGGGAGUGCAGCAAUGGAGGAGCCAGCAGUGCAGCAGGAGAAAAUAGAGAAAUCCCAGGAACCAGGGGAGGAUGCAGGGAAGGCAGGCUGGAAAAACGAAUGCUCCUUCUCCAACCUGCUGAAACAUUCUUGCUUCAUAUGUUGGUCAUCUCCUGGAGACACAGAGGUGAUAGAAAUGGAUGAGCGAGUCCUGGCCAAGGCAGCCGAGAUCAGAGAGCUGGAAAACGCUUUGGCCGUGGAGAACCUGGAGCUUCAGGAGCAGCAAUCAGACUGUAAGGACUUAGAGGAGACCCUGGUGAAGUUUGAGGAGCACAAGGAGAAACUGAUCCAGCAGAUAAAGGCGACCAGGCAGCUCUGCUACGAAGAAAGUCAGAAGAUCCUGUCUCUACAAGCAGAGGAGGCUCAAAAGGAGAGCCAGGUAGAGGAGUAUGAACGGGAACUGGCCCGAGCUCGAUGGAGGCUGAAGAAGCUCAGAGAGGAGGUGAAGAAAGCCAAAAGGAAGGUGGAGGAGGCCGGGGAAAGGGACACUCCCCUCCAAGACUCCAUCAGACAGUCCUAUGAGGAGAUCCUGCAGGUGAGGAGGAGGUCCUUCUGGAAAUAA